ACUUCGAAUUAAGAGGACCACACCGCCUCGUCCGCCCACCUCAACCAUAUCAUAAUUACUCUGUCCUCUGUUAUUUUUAGGGUUCUAAAAACACUAUACCAAUACCCAGUGUGGUCCGCCCCCUCAGACGCCAUGGACGAUGUUAGAGCAAGCUCGGCUUGGGUCGCCAGCCACGCCUCUCACGUGCACGUCGACUCCACAGGGAUUGAGAAAAUCGUGGAGAAUAUUGGCACUAUUCCCAAAGUGGAUUGGGAUUUCGAAGGGAUUCACUAUUUCGACAAUGGCCCGCUCACGGUUCAGUACCUGUUUGUGCUCGAUGCUAUGAAUUUCUGUUUUUGGCCUGAUAAGGAUUUAAGUUAUGAUCAUUUGGCCUCGGGUCUAAAGGCUGCUCUACAAAAUGAAAGAUCUGCGUUCGAUGCUGAUUGUCUGCAAAAGUACACCGGUCCUCAGUUACGUGAGCUGUUGAAAUGGCCCAGACCACUUCCUUUGGAGGAGGAACGUGUUCGUUUACUGCAUGAGGUUGGCUUUGAACUGGAAAGAAGCUUCGAUGGCAAAGCAUCCAAUCUGGUGAAGUCCUGUGGAAAAUCAGCUUUGAACCUUGUGGCUCUUGUUACACGUCACUUUCCCGGCUUUCGAGACCACUCGCUAUACAAAGGCCACCAGGUAUUCUUGUAUAAAAGAGCUCAGAUAUUUGUAGCAGAUUUAUGGGGUGCCUUUAAAGGCCAAUCAUAUGGAGAAUUUGAUGACAUUGGUUCCAUCACCAUAAUGGCGGACUAUAUUGUUCCAGCUGUGCUUCGACAGCUUGGUGCCCUAAAAUAUAGUUCAACCCUUGCCAGCAUGAUUGAAGCCAAUAGUGAAAUAGGUCCAGGUAGUGAGGAGGAAGUUGAACUGCGAGCUUGCUCUGUACAUGCUGUGGAGAAAAUGAGGGAAUUAAUCAGUUCAAAAUUAGGAAAGCCGGUGUUGAGCGUGGAGUUAGACCUUUGGCUUUGGGCUUCUGGAAUUCAAUGUUCAUCAUUGCAACACCAUCGAACGCUUUCAAUAUAUUAUUAAGUGCAUCUUACACUAUGGUAGUGUUCCUCUUAAGUAUUUAGUUAAAAUUAUGAAUUGACGUUGUAGGUAACGAGGUAACGGAUUCAUAUCAGCCUUUUAAAACUCCUUUUAGAUAGUCACAUCUUAUGGAGGAUGCUUUUAUAACUAAUUUACUUUUCAUUUGCUAUGAAUGAACCAGUGGAUCUUAUGAAA